UCGACUGCGCUGCGCUGUGCUGGAGAAAUGUCCGUGGCAUCGCUCGUGGACAAGGCGACCAGCGAUCUGCUCAUCGGCCCGGAUUGGGGGAGGAAUUUGGAGAUUUGCGACGCGCUCAACAAUGAUCCAGGGCAAGCAAAGGAGGUUGUCAAGGCGGCCAGGAAGCGGCUGGCGCACAAGAAUCCGACUGUCCAGCUCCUCACUCUCACCGUCCUGGAGACUCUGGUGAAGAAUUGCGGAGACGCUGUCCACCAGCAAGUUGCCGAGAAGGAUGUUUUGCACGAGAUGGUGAAGAUUGUCAAGAAGAGGGGCGACUUGAGCGUGCGAGAGAAGAUACUCGGCUUGCUGGAUUCGUGGCAAGAGGCAUUUGGUGGCCAGAGAGGAAGGUACCCGCAGUUCUUUUCCGCGUAUGAUGAACUCAGACGGUCGGGAGUGGAUUUUCCCCAGCGUCAAGAUGCUCCGCCUAUCUUCACUCCUCCUCAGUCGCAUCCUAUCACUGCAUAUCCAGCCCCGGGAUUUGUAGCAGCAGCAGCAUCACCGGAGCCGCCAUUGCCACCACUGGACGUAGAUAUCCAGCGCCUGAGCUUAGCGGACCUUGACAGUGCAAGGAGCGGGAUGGAGGUUCUCUCGGAGAUGCUCAACGCGAUCGAUCCUCGAGAUAAAUCGGCUUUGAGGGAGGAGCUCAUUGUGGAGCUUGUGGAGCAAUGCCAACGGACGCAGAAGCAAGUCAUGCAUCUCGUCAGCACCACGUCCGACGAGACACUCUUGUUUCAGGCUCUUUCCUUGAACGACGACUUGCAGAAAGUCCUUGCCAAGCGUGACGCAAUGGCGUCGGGUGCUACUCCGGCCGCGGGAAAACAGCCAGAGGCUCCGCCUGCUCCUGUUUUCCCACGCGUGGAGGAGGAAGGCGAAGAUGACUUCGCACGGCUUGCUCGCAGAAGCCGGCAAAACUCGGAUCAGCCUGCUCCGAAACCAAGCGCUCCCCCUCAACUCGUCCGGAUUCCCGGCCCUCCAGUCCCGCAAACGAGAAUCCAGCCUCCUUCCAACAACAAGUCGACGAAACCAACGAGUGAAGAUCUCCUCAGCGGCGAAGCUUUCGGCGCUGGUGGAGCCGCGAGUGACUCGAAGAAAGCUGCUGUGCUACACACGCAUGGCCUGGACGAGUUGGAGGAGCCGGAGGAGAACAUCAACCCGUUCGCCUUGCGCAAGCAGCCUUCCAACGGCGCCGCGCCUGCGACUUCAACUCCGCAACCUCUCCCUCCGCCGCCACAGAAGAACUCCCAGCGCCAGCAGUUUUUCCAGCACCACAGGCCAGUGUGGGACGAGGAUCGAUCAGAGCAAGAACACAUGCACAACCCAUACGCCGCGCUGUUCGAUCAGCCCAAGCAGCAGCAGCAGGCCGAGAAGCCGACGGCGAUGUCGAGCAGCGCGACGCCGAGCAGCAGCAACAGCCUGUUCAGUGAUCUUGUCGAUCUCCAAGGCGCGAGGAUGAAACGAUUGUAAGCUAGACGAAGGCGGCAUAUCCCGUGUGUGAAUGGGAAGAAGAUUCCGGGUGCUGAGGUGGACGGUGCUGACGUGGAGGGUGCCACGUCGGAUCUAGGUCGUUGUAGAGGUAGCGAGCGAGGGGAAAGAGGGGACAGUUUGUUGGCUGUGGCGCUCUCUCUCUCGCUCCCUCUCGUGUCAGUUUUUAGGGUUUUCUCGUCUCGCGCUCUCUCUCUCGCUCUCGCUCGCGCGCGCGCGCUACUGCUCGUGGCCACAACAAUGUCAGAGAAGAUCGUGGAGAAGUCGGCCGUGUUGGAGCGCAAGGCAAUCAUCAAGAAUGCGGACAUGACCGAGGAUAUGCAGCAAGACUCCAUCGAAUGCGCGUCCCAGGCCCUGGACAAGUACAAUGUGGAGAAGGACAUUGCGGCCUACAUCAAGAAGGAAUUCGAUAAAAAGUAUAACCCGACAUGGCAUUGCAUCGUCGGCCGCAACUUUGGAUCAUACGUGACUCACGAGACCAAGCACUUCAUCUACUUCUACUUGGGCCAAGUCGCAGUGCUGCUCUUCAAGUCGGGCUGAUCGAUCAUGAUCACUCGAUCACCCACACACACACACUCUACUAUAUGGAUUGAGCAGCAUCAAUAUCGCAUCCCUUUGUUUCUA